UGUUAUUUUAAGGCUGAUUCUUUCAGAUUGUUGACUGAAUUACAUUGUGUUUGAUAACGUCUCGAUCCGUCAUGCCUUCUGAUGGGGGCGUGAAGGAGAAGAGAAAUGCUUACUUGAACCGGGAGGCGUACUCUUUAAGAGGCCGAAUAAUUAUCAUAACAGGGGCCAGUGCAGGAGUGGGCAAGGAGGCAGCACGUGACUUGGCCUUGCGAGGAGCUACAAUUGUGAUGGGUAAUAGAAACCUGGAAAAGAGCUACCGGGUCAUCCAGGCACUUAGAGAAGAAGAAGGUAGAGAAAUGUUACCCGAUGAUCGCUUCGUGGUUAAAAGACUUGAUUUAUCAGACUUGGAUAGUGUUCGAGAGUUUGCCGAAGAGGUCAAAAAAGAUUAUCCUGUUAUUGACGUUUUGAUAAAUAACGCGGGUAAAAUGGCGGGAAAGAGAAUGGUUACAAAAGAUGGUUACGAGUCCCAGUUCCAAAUUAACCAUUUGGGUCAUUUUUUAUUGACUUUCCUGUUGAUAGAAAAUAUUUUGGAGUCUGAAAAUAAACCGAGAAUUAUAAACGUGUCUUCGAAAGCGCAUAAACAUGCAAGUGACAACUUCAUUAAUGACUUGCAAAGUGAGAAGAGGUAUGGUUGGAAGGGAAUCGUGACAUACAGUAAUACGAAACUGAUGAAUAUUUGGUUCACAAAAGUUAUGGCGCGUAAAUAUGAAGGUAGAAUUACCUCAUACGCCGUGCAUCCGGGCUGUGUAAAAACAGAUCUGAAACAAAAUAGCCUAACGUGCAAACUUAUAUACUGCGGUACUUGGUGCUGCUCCAAGAGCGUGCGGAAGGGUGCAUAUACGACAAUUUACUGCACUGUGAGUGCAAAAGCAGGUCAACAGACGGGGCUUUAUUACUCGGGGUCAAAGGUCACAAAGCCAAUGUUUAUGGCAGAAGACGAAGAGUUGGCUCAAAGAUUGUGGAUUGAGAGCUGUAGAAUGUUAAAUAUUAAUUGGGAUUUAACGAAUCUUAAGGAGAAUUUCAUAAGAAAUAGUGAAAAUUCAAGUAAAAAAUACGUAUCGACUGCAAAUGAUUCAAAACAGGAACAAAGCUACGACUGAAGUGCAAUGUUUUUCAAUUAAGGUUUUAAGGAUCCCUGUCUGUUGACUUUGAGAUGACGUUAAUAUGAAUUAGAAUUAUCGAGAUAAGGUGGCGAGAAAAUCAUAAUAAAAAUGAUCAGACGUUUAACGGCAACCGUGUUGUAAAAAGGUACGAUGCAAUAUUGAGUUCGGGUGUCAUGUGUUGUUUUGUGAUUUUCGAGUAUUUGUAGAAGAGAAAAUGCAUCGAAAAUGGGAAACAUCACGCUUCGUCAUGAAACUGUUUAAGUCGAUGCGUAUUUACACUAAAUAACUUGAAAAAAAAUUUGAGCGCUUUCGUGGAAAUACAUAAAAUGAAAAAGGGGAAAAUGUAUUCAUCAAAAGAUGCGUAUGAGUUGUAUGAAAUGUGAGCCAGUUCAGCGGAUGAAGCUAACAAGGCUAGUGGCUUCAAUUAGCAGUUUUUGGUCAACUAGUUCUUUUUUUGUGACACUGUAGUCAGCGAACUUUCAAAAAGUCAUCAAAAAUGUCAUUUAAACAAGAAUUGUCUUUCGAUGAGCAAGUAGCACAGGAUAAUCUAAAUACGAUCAUUUAUUCGGAAAAAACGCUUAUGAAAACUAAACCAAAACUUGUUAUUGAAAUGAGUGAAUUAACAUUUCUUUAGAUCGAUAUCUUGAA